AUGCCUCCCUCCACCGUCUUCUCAUAUUGGCGUCGCGAUCAUCGCCGCGCUGCGGCAACACCAACAUCUCUACCCCCCGGUCCAUCGCCCGCAAAUGGCCCAGAGAGCCCACUCACCACCCUUCCACAACUCCCGGAGCUACCUGAUACCCCAAACAUUGAAGAUGCGAUCAGUUUCACCCCAUUGCACGAUGCCCCACCAUGGAGUGGUUCUCCGCUCGAAAAUGAUCCAUCCAAGCUAAGCUUGACCUUCAAUACAACAGCAACCCUCUCUUCCUCCGCAUCUCUCGCCGUCCCUUGCCCGUUAUCCGAAAAAGAAUAUCGUCCUCACUCGAGUCCGGAAGAGUAUCGUCCCCAAGAUGCCGUCAUGUCGCAGAAAAACAAUUCUCAGCUCUCCAUUUCUGGACUUCGGCCAGACCAGGGGGCCUCGAGCUUUGCAAACAGAGGCGUUGGAAAACCAGAGGCGCUCGCCCACCGCAGGCCCGGGAUCAAAUCAAUCCCGGAUCAAAGCAUCCCCGAGGAAUUCAUGAGCGAGAAAGCAACCGCGUCCCAAAGGGAAACUAAGCCCGAGCGCGACAUAAUGGAUAAUACACAUCACAAGUCAGGAAAAGCCAUGCUCCAUCUUUUGAACCCCAUGUCCCUCCUUGCUCGUCGGCGGUCGUCGCAAAUGGCCGGUUCUCGAGUCGAAGAUGCGAAAAUCAACACCUCGACCUUAGUGCCAGCCAUACCGGAUGAUUAUGAUCCGCGGAUUCGUGGGAAAAUCGUUCAUGAUUUCUCUGCACCUCGAGCACCUCGGAGGAAUGUCUCUGGAAUUUCAGCUACCGCAGGAGAUGGUAAUAAUGCGCUGAGCGCACAAGAUUUGAGUCCUGCAAGUCGAUGGAAUGGGCAAGCCAGGCCACACAGUGACCACUCGCCUGUUUUCAAGGAGCACUUCGAAGAUAAUCAGAAAGUGCUUCAAAUUGAAAAUAAAGGCUAUCUCCAAUCAUCGCUUCUGACGAGUUCGACGCCACCGGGUUACGAUAAGUCAAUACCGGUGUUCGCUAAAAAGUUGCCCUCUGCAUUGCCCGACCAGGCGCCAAGUUGGAAUGGUCAUUAUGAAAACCUCCCAGCAGAGCUUCCCGGAGACUUUCCGCCAGCAUCACCGGCUGAUGUGUUUCCCGAGCAUAGUAUGAGCCUGGGGAAACCAAGUGGUCCGAUAGUGCAACCUGACCAGGAUACCAUUCCGCAUGUUCCCCAUCCAGCAGCAACUCUUCCCAAGCACUUGAAAAGCAACGCCUCAUCUAGAUUCAGUUUCGAUAUGGGCGGGGUUGAAUCAUCCGUUCAGGAGAAAUUGCUAGAGGAGCGACACAAAGAGCACAAGGCCAAGGAAGCUCAGCUGAAGCUUGAAAAUGGGUAUUUCGACGACUUUGACGAAGACUUUGAUCAUGAUAUGAUGGAUGACUAUGAUGACCUUGAAGAAAAAAUUCCAGGAGUCAAUGCCGAUUAUGACGACGAGGAUGAUGACUUCUCAGCACCUAUGGUUUCUCGCAAUAUCAAUGGGGAGCUCAAGUCAUGGGCCGUGCCGGGCCUAUCACCUGUCGUUGCAAGUCCCAUAACUCCUGCGCCAGCUGAAACCAUGGCGCCCCCUGGCCAUUCUGCUAGUGAGGAAUCGCUGAACCCUGCUCGUCAAUACAAUGGAGGUUUUGAAUUAUCCCACAACGAAAAGAAUCAACCUCACCAUGUCGCUAGCCAAGAAACUUUGAAAGCAUCCACUUCAGUGGCGGAGACUCCUAAUCCCGAAGGCCAUCAGCCAUAUAGGAUGCGAACUGAAAAGACUCAGGCUCUUGCGGACGAUGACGAUGACCUCUACUUCGACGACGGAGAAUUUGGGGACCUGAGCCUUGAUGAUCAGAGUGAAAGCUUCGACGAGUCUAUAUUUGAUGACGAGACAAGCCAUCUUUACGAACGUAAAACGGUUGACAAAGCAAAGGUACCGCAGCCUGAACAGGACAAGGGCCGAGCCUAUGAUGAAAUCUUGGACGAAGACGUUCUACACGAAGAGGAUACCCCUCAAGGUCUCAAGCAUAUGCCCAGUGUGGCUAGUGAAUACGGAGUGAAUGUUUUGAAACGCGGGCCACUUGGUGAUCCAAUCCCAAAUAUGGGCCCUGCCAGAGCCCAUGGCGGGGUGCUCACGGAGCAAAACUUGGAAGUCCUGCAUAAUGCCUUGGCAUUUGCAGCUCAUGAAGCAGCCGGUCCAAGUCGCUUUGAGCGUACAUUCAGCACCAGCAGUCGGUCUUUGGCGCAGGAGAGUAUCUCGCUCACUUCUCAAACGGACGAUUCUCAACCAGGGUUGACGUCUGAUGAUAGUCGUCUCAGCCAGUACGCAGACAUGAUACCCUUCGAUGGCGGUAACGAUGACUACUUCUACGACGAGGAUGGAUACUUUGAUGAUCCAAUCAUUGCAGCUGCCAACGCAGAGGCACUUGAAAACGACGAUGAGGGGUUUUAUGGCCAAGAAUUUGGCUUCUACGCUCAGGCCCACGGUACCUCUAACGCUGAACUAGUCAAUGGUGGUUACUUCGGGCCCCGGGGUGUGGAAGGAGUGUCCCGUAGUUUCAGCAGCCGGGGCAAAUUCCAAGAGCCUAGCCUGACCCCAAUCACUGAACGAAGCGAAUGGAGCAAUCGCAAUUCAAUGAUUUCCGUCAAGACGCCGCUCGGGGCUCAUUCCAACCCGGCCCUUGCCAGCCCGGGCCUCGCGCAGCUGGUCGACAUGGGUAAUUUGGACGAUGAAAUGACCCUGAGUGCUCUCAUGAAGCUGCGUCGUGGUGCAUGGGGAGGCAGCAAUGGCAGCCUUCGCAGCAGUGCCGGAAGCCCGCCGCCUCAUCCCCUUCCGUCUUCCAACCGCGGCAGCUUCACUGGAGCUUCAGAGGCUAGCCCUUCCGACUUCCGCACUUUCCCUGACGAUGCGCCGGUUGGUGUAUCGCCUCCCCGCGACGAGAAUGUUCCUCAUACUGCAUCGCCACUCAAGGACCGGCUGGGCCAGUCUGCCGAUCUCCCGCCGAACGGGCCGAUGUACGCCGGUUUCGAAGAAGAAUUGCCGAGUGCCGGCGCAGCUCAACACUUCAAUGAGCUGUAA